AUGUCAUCUAAGGUGAGAAAAGAACAUGUAAUUCUUAGUUCUUAUGAUGCAUAUUACAGUAUUAAUUCAUUAUUUAAUGCUUUUUCGGAAUACCAAAGUAUUAUGGAUAAAAAUAGUACGAAUCAGAAUCCCGAUAAAUGGAAUAAUGCUUGUUUGAAAUUUGAUGAAAAAUUCGAUACUGUUAAUAUAAUAAAGGAUCAAGACACAUUAUGCCCUCAGGCGCUGAAAUAUCUAUAUAAUAUAUGCAAUGAUUCAAUUAGUAAUCCCCUAGAGGUAAACCACUUCAAAUACCUUUAUUAUUGGAUAUAUAAGAAUCACCUAGAAGUGGCAAAAGAUAGGAACUACAUCAAAGAAUUAUACCAUGAAAUACUUAACGUAUAUAAUAAUGCUGGUCUGUAUAUUACGUAUGUAGUUCCUUUUAAAGAUGUCAUUUUUGAUGAUGAAUUAGAAAUAAUCACAGAUAUAUGUGAUAUGAGCAAUAAACUUAAUGAAAUAAAAUACAGUACUUUUACAUAUUGUAAAAAUAAAAGUAGAUGCGAUUGCGCAGACGAAUGUGCUGCUAUAUACAUGCAUCGACAUGAAGCAUGUGAGACUAAUUGGGAUGAACAUUUUUGCAAUAUAUUAGAACGUAACAAAAAUGUAUACAAUGAAUUAAAUUUAUCGCAAUAUUGUGGUAAACUUAAUUGCAAAACAUUACCUUGUGAAAAAUUUGAGAAUAUAAUAUUACCUUCUGCCCAAAUUUAUAAAUCAAAAACCGCUAUAAUAUCAUCUUAUCUAAUAUAUAUAAUACCCGCUUUAUUAUUCAUAAUUUAUAAGUUCCUGCCAUAUAAUUCAUACUUACACCGUGAAAUAAAAAAGUUAAAGAAUAUGUGUCUUGGUCUCAAAAAAGAAUUGAGUAAAUUGGAAAACUCAGAAAUAUAUAACAAUAUACGUUGGAAUAGUAAUUAUAAUGUGUUAUAUAGUUCCCAUUAA